AUGGUGUCUUUCUCCAAGCUUUUUGUUUUAGGGAUAACCGCAUUUGCGGUUGCCCAUCCUGGCCAUGAAGAUGUUGGAUCGAAUAUUGCACUGAAGAGGAGCUUCUUCAAAAACGCUCGCAACAGCUUAUCUAAGUGCGCAGAGAAGGCAGAAUUCCGUGCUCUCCAGGCUCGCGCAACUGCUCGCCGCCGGGACCUGGCAUAUGAACACUCUAAAAGAAGUGCUGACACAGCCUUUCUUAAAGCUCGGGAUCUGUCUACGGUCAUAAACACUUCUCACCUUUCCAACCUCACCGGGGUGACGGUAGACUCGUCCGAAGACGUCUUCUUUUCGGAUGAUGUAUCCUGUAUCCUCUCACCCGAAGGAGAGGUGGGCCCGUUCUGGGUCAAGGGCGAGUAUAUCCGAUCAGACGUGACUGAUGACGAGCCUGGGGUGCCGGUGGUGUUUGACGCGCAAUUCAUCGAUAUCGAUACCUGCGAGCCAAUUGAGGAUCUCUACUUUGACGUCUGGAACUGUAAUUCCACGGGCGUCUACUCUGGCGUCCAGGACAGCAGCAACGGCAACGGCAAUGACGCCAGUAACCUAGACAAUACCGCGCUGCGUGGCAUCCAGCCCACAGACUCCGACGGGGUAGCGCAGUUCACAAGUAUAUUCCCUGGCCACUACAACGGACGCGCCACACAUGUUCAUGUCAUCGCUCACAUUGGAGCUACCGUACUCUCCAACGGAACGCUGACAGGUGGCAAUAUCGCUCAUAUCGGCCAGCUUUUCUACGACCAAAGCCUCAUCACGGCGGUCGAAGCACUGUCCCCUUACAGCGAAAACACCGUCGCUAUUACGCUGAAUGCCAAUGACCGUGUUCUGGCCGCCGAGACGGCCAGUAGCGAGUCAGAUCCAGUCUUUAACUACGUUUUGCUUGGAGAUACGGUAGAGGAUGGAAUCUUUUCGUGGAUCGCAAUUGGCAUUGACACAUCCGCUAGCUAUAGUGCAAGCUAUGCGGCCACUCUGACUGCCUCCGGCGGUGUUGCAGAAUCCAAUAGCGGCAGUGGUGGAGACACUGGAGGCAAUGGCGGCAGUGUCGGUGGCAAUGGAGGCGGUGGUGCCGGUGGCGGUCAUUAG